GACAAAACCUUAUAUGCGAUAUUGAGGAGACUUAUACCACGGUAGUUGGCGCAGAUUGUGGGGUCUCCCUUCUUAUGGAUUGGGCAGAGCACACUAAGAUUCCAAUCGUCAGGCAUGCUUUCUUCCGACCAUAUUCUACAAAGAAGCUGAUGCAUGCACCUUAUCAGUUCUUCGACGCCGUAUUUGAAUAGCUCGGCCGGUAAUCCAUCGGCCCCCGCCGCUUUGUUGUUCUUCAAGCGGGUAAUUGCUAUUCGAAUUUCUUCAUGGUCGGGUAAUGGAACAUCUAUUCCAUCGUCAUCGAUUGGGGAAUCGGGUUCGCCAUCUCCUGGUGUUGUACUUUCACUGCCAUUGAGCAGGUCGGAGAAGUGUUCCCUCCAUAAUCCCAGUGUGCUCUGGACAUCCGUUACCAGAUUACUUUCUCGGUCCCUACAUGAUAAUGCUCCGGUCUUGAAACCUUCUGUUAAUCGCCUCAUCUUUUCAUAAAAUUUUCGAGCAUUACCCAUGUCGGCCAGCUUUUCAAGCUUUUCAUACUCAUGCAUUUCGGCCAACAUAACAAGGAGGAUAAUGAGGUGUAUAUGGAAAAUGAUUCCGUAAUGAUUGGUGGAUAUGUAUACAAACUUAACUGUAACUUGAGUAAAAAUUAAGAUAUCUUGACGAAACACAAAUAUUCCUUGGGACUGUGAGAGGGUUGCUUUCGAAAAUGGGCGAAAUCGGUCCACUGCCACCCCCAUAAAUUUUUGAUACAAAGGAUCUCACAAGGAAGGAGCAUAUUUGGAUGUAAUUAUUUUUUAUUUGGGGGAGAGGCCACGCCCACAAAUAGGUUUUUUUGUAUAUAUCUCGCACACCAAUGAAACUAAAAAAACCGAACUUUCUGCAGUCGUUUUCCUUACGUACCCCAUUAUACACCACGAAAAUUGUGGAAAUUGGAUAAUAACCACGCCCACCUCCCAUACAAAGAUUAAGUUGAAAAUUACUAAAAGUGCAUUAACUCACUAAUGAAUAACAUCAGAAACCCUUCAUUUUGCAGAAGAAAUUACAGAAGGAAACUGUACUCAGAUUUUUUUUCCAAAAUGGAAAAUGAGCGUGGCGUCGCCCACUUAUGGGUCAAAAACCAUAUUUCAGGAACUACUCUACCGAUUUCAAUGAAAUUCGGUAAAGAGCAUUUUUUGACACCCUGAUGACACGUGUGGAAAAUGAGUGAAAUCGUUUGACAACCACGACUACUUUCCAUAUAACUCAAUUUUGAAUUGCAUCUCAUUCUUUCACUUUAUAAUAUAUACAUAAGGAACCAACUAAGAUAGCGGAAUAAAACUUUGCACAAAUAUUGUAUAUAAUCUGUGGCAUCACUUGUGAAAAAAAUUUGGAAAUCGGACUAUAACUUUUCAAUGCCCAGGAUAUCGAAUAGGAAGAAUUCAGUGCCUUUGUAUAAUUUUUCACCGACAAUAUCGGUAAAUCUCUCAGAUAUCUUAUUUUAAUUCAGAGGGAAUCUUUUUCUUCCAAUAGUGUGUCUCUGUACCAAAAAUGGUUAAAAUCGGUUCAUAACAUCCCCUACCUCAUAUAUACUUCCAUAAUUAUAGGUUUUCAAAAAUACGAUGGCCUUAAUAAUGAAAUCGGUUCAGGAAUUACCUCAGCCCUCAUAUACUAUAAAUGUUGGUUUUCGUUAUUCUAGUGGACUUUAUGCCGAAUAUAUGGAUCAAAUUGUGUAAUAUCUUAAAAAACCUAUAUCAAUAAAUUGAGAGAGUAUAAAAUGUUCGGUUGCACCUGAACUUAGCCUUUACUUACUUGCUUUAUUUAAAUUUUUACUGAAGUUAUGUAGAUUUCAACUCUACUUGUCAUUCAGAUUACCUUGGUCUAUAUAUUUAUAUAUAUGUUGUUCGUUUAGUUUUAACAGUUCUAUACUCAGGAGACGAGAAGUAUCGUGAGUAAAAUUUAACAUAUUUUAAUGAAACUUAGUACACCUAUCAUUUUGUACUCAGAAGUAUUGUGGAUGGAUUGUAUUGGACCAACCUAAACGGAAUCAAUUAAGCGACAUAACUUGAUGAGUGGAAAAUUAUUAUAUAAUGUUGUAAAAUUCCAGACACUAAUUAAUAAAUAUAUAACCAAUUAGGUGUUAAAAAAUCACAAAAUCACGCUACCAAAUACUAAAGCACUCUUCGUAUUUGGUUAUAUUAAUACUGUACUUAUCAUAAAUAAUGAAGGCAUUUCCUUAUAUAAACUAUGUUUGUUAAGAUAUCUCAAAUGGUGUAUACUAGGAGUAUAUAUGGAUGCUAUAUCACAUAAUUUGUGCGAUAUCCAUAUGAAGAACAAUUGUCAAUAAGUCGAUGGCUAUACCAUUAUAUUCGUGUAAGUAGGAAAUUAAAACCAUGAUGUGGUUAAUUAGGUGCAAUUUUUUAUUUAGUGUGUUUAUGAAAGUGAUGACCUUUGCUUAAUGCUUGGCUGCGUUUAUCCUCGAGUUUGUGUACUGCGGCUUGAUGCUAUCUAAAACAAAGCCAUUUGCAUUUGCGAACAGAUUUUUAAAAUAUUUCUCAUCGCUUGGAAUAUGGAAUCGUUAGAAGAAUUGAUUUAUUGUUGGUUGCAAUUUGGACUCAAACCAGAUCUUUAGUAAUAGUAACGCCCGAUUUUAACUAUACUAACUGUGUUUCAAUGUCGUCGUAUAACUUAUAGAACUCAAAAGGAAAAAUGAGUGGCGCGCUGUUGUUGACUCGGCUAUAACCGCAUAGGCGGUGUCUACGCCAAUAAAGAAGAAGAAUACAGGAGUUUCAAUUGUUUUGAAAAAGUGCAGAUAAUUCACGAUAUUGCCGCGACCGAAACUUAUUUCAGUCAAUGACAGUGAUGCAUUCAAAUCUCUGAGUCCAAACUAUCCAAACUGAUUAGGUUGAUCAUGAAGAAACUAAUCUUCAAAAUUAUGACCGCAAUAUAAUUGGCAUCAUAAGCUUGGAUGUUUACACUAAUCCUUAAGUGAAAUGUCUAAUUAAAACCUAAACAAACAUAUUAAAAAUAUUUGACAUCCGAACACUUCCUUCUUGGACGCGACAAGGCGUCAAAUCGCUGCAGUGCUUGUUCAAACAGGCCUAAGGAAAAACUACUCAAACCGUGUUGUAGUUGAUUGAACCAAACGCUUGUGAGCCGCAUGUCGUAUUUAACGCACACCAUGAAAAUACUCCCAUUUGAAAUGUACGGGUUUAGUUAACGGACCAUGCUGCCGCUGCACCACCGAACACCUGCCAAUAAGUAUAAAAUCCAUACCAGAGGCGGCCUCAGUUUCACUUUCUGCGAAGUACUCGGCACGCGAACGCGCCACAAUAUAAGUGGCUCUACAGUUAGUGCAGCAAACGGUUUAGUAAUCCGCACGUCUCAGCGCGCAACGCGCAAUGCCAAGUUAAACGAUUAGCGGGCGUUGAAAAGGUAUCGCGUGAGUAAACGCGGAAAAGCUGCCAAAGUCAGCUUAUACCAUUGAGGAGGAGGAGGAAGCGCAGGUGCAUACUUAUGAGUACAAGUGCCAGCCACCGGCUAUGAGUGAACCGAAUUGUGCGCUGUGGCGUGUUAAAGGCAGCGAUCGCGAUUUCUGUUUCCCAUUGUGUGCCAGUGACAUUGAACUUAUGCAAAUAUGUUGCAUGCUUCCACCAUAGGCAGGAAGCAAAUUAAGGUGUUUUGAAUAGUGAAUUAAUUGAAUUUGACAACAUUACAAUAAAUGCAACAACAACAAAAGCAACACUGAAUUACGGACAAAAUCCGUGUAUAUAUGCAAAUUAGCGAACAAAAUUAAAAUGUUGUAAGCAUUAAAAGGCUUCGAAAUAUUAAAUAUUCGGAUUGCUACAAUCGAAAUAUCGCGAUAACCGUCAAAAAACAACAACAAACGCGACUAGAACAGAAAUUUGUGUAACGAGCAAAUAUGGAAAAAACAUAUUAUUUACGGAUACCUUUGCUGCUACUUGUAUGCUGUGCUGGAACUUUCGGCGAUAAUGUGGCGAACAUAAGUGACAGUCUUGCUGUGGAGACAACCGUCGAUACAGUAAAAGUCAAAUCGAAUGUAGCACCUGUAACAAAGAGUAAAACAGAAAAACGCGACUCUUCUGAUCAAACCGGACCAACACCUUUUACACUUAAAGAAAGUGAACCUUUCAGCUCCAUAACAAGUACUACUUAUCAGCAAUUGCCAUCUCAGCCGCAGCAAUUCCAACCGUCUCCUGCUUCCAUCACUUUUCAGCCAACAACAGUUCGUUAUGUUGCCGAAGGGGCAGCCCCACAGGCUUAUUAUAACAGGCCUCCGAAUAUUCGUCCAAUCCCUGGACCCUCUAAUGGUGGGAAAUAUACGAAUUUUGUUGAUAACUCCAUUCAUUACGGCACACCCAUACAUACCUUAAGAGGACCUUUUAAAGGGCCAUAUCAGCAGCACCUGAAACAGACACAUCCGCAGUCACAACAACAACAGUUCCACCAUGAGCAACAGUAUAACCAGCAGCCGCAGGCCCAGGCGCUGAAGCCACCGCCAAGUCUCAGUUAUGUUCCCAACACGGCUGAAGGAGGCUUUAUACCGUCGGAGCGACAUUUGCAGCAUGAGCAACCGCCACAAAAUUACAGGCAACAACACACACACACACAAAAACAACAACAGCAACAAAACGAACAAUAUAGUCAACAGAUACAAGAACAACAACCAGUGAUUCAAAAAUAUUCGCAACAACAACAGCCAUAUGUUGCACUAGAAAAGCAACCGCAGCCGCAACAGCAUCAGCAUCAGCAACCUUCACGCCAACAGAUCCAUUACAUCAUUGCCAUUCCAUUAUCGUAUGUGCGACAGCUGCAAUAUCAAUUAGCAGCACAACAAGGAGCAACGCUACCACCCCAGCAACACCAACAACAAGCACUGCCGACAGCUCCAUUGCCCUUGGUCUCACCGCGUGCUCCCCUACCAUCACUCAUUGCUUUGCAGCCCAUUGGAGCAGGCGGAGGCGGCGGCGUCGGUGGCAGUAGCAGUUCAUUAAGUCGCGAACUCUAUCGCACACAGCAACCUAUUCAUUAUGUCCAACAUGCGCCGGCGCACGCUAACCCUGCAGCCGGGCCACAUGUUCAAUCGCCGGCAGCGUUGGUGCCACAACAAUUGCCUUAUCCGAUGAAUUUGGUCCUUACAGCGUUGUCGCGUCCUCGGCCUACCGUCUACCCGGCAUCGCAGUUGUUGUACGUGCAGCCGCAACUCAUUCGCCAUACACCACAGCAGCAGCUGCAACUUCAGGUCAAACAACCUCAUCACUUGCCACAUUACGCUCAUGCAUCGGAUCAGCAGCAAGCACAUGCCAUCGAAGAGCGCAACACGCAGCAGUCCAAACCUGCGCAACCACAACAACAUCCACAUCAAGGGUCGGUUCGUAGCGUACCGAAACCAAAAGUGAGUCCGGUGUCAUCGUCUUCACCCUCAGCAGUAACUUCUUCGGCAUCUCCACCUCCACUCCCACCACAAGUGACAACUGCAUUGCCGAUACAAUCGCUACUGCCUGCAGCACCACCGGUAUUGUUCUAUGGUCCCACCUUUGUGCAGCCUUCACAGCUCGAGCAACAUCCACUACCAUCAUCCCCCUAUUCCAGUUACUUUCAAGGUCAAUUUGGACCAGCACAACAUCCAGCAACAAUAGUGAAAUUGUCGUCACCAAGUGCAUUGCUCGCGCCACAGACUGCUCUAACACCGCACUACUAUCACAUUCAGCCACCAUCCGGUGGGCCAUCACCGUUUGCAGCAGCAUUAAGCCCACAAAGCCUCUUAGUUGCGAAAGCACCGCUUCAGCUGCAGCAGUCUUCGCAUCAACAUGAACCACCAGCAUUGUCGGCAUUCACUAACCGGCCUGCAGUCUAUGUGGCACCGCAGGAUGCUGUCGACAGCAUCGGGGGGGCAUCAUGGUCAGGAGGGGGAUUGCCGUACUUCAUACAUCCGGCUGGUGUGCACUAUGGAACGCACCUGUAUAACCCCGGCACACCCUUGGUGUCACAAAAGCUGCUAGAAAAUGUAGCAAAUGCUGAUGUCGAUAAUCAGCAGCAACAACAACAAUUGCGGCCGGAACCGGAUCGGAAGCAACAGCAACAACAAUUAGGUUCAACGACGACAAGUGACGGUAAUGACGACAACAACGCCAUUGUUAAGUACCCUUAAAGUAGUGAGAUAGCGGUGUUGAGAGCAUGAGGGAUGGGGGCGAAAACCAUAGACUUAGGGGUUACGUUGCUACGGAGACAUUGUCUUUGAUUUGUAUCUGCAUACAAGGCUGUAUGCAUGCUAAAAUGCCUGCUUAAAAUAUGUUUUUACAACUCACUUUUAUCGUUCAGUAUACGAUUAUUGCGAUUAUUUAUUUGCUCACCCUGUAUACAUAUUUAUUUCUAUGCUAUUUGAUAACUCUAUAACUUGUAUAUGCAUAGUCUAGCUUUAUAGAUAUUGUACAGUAAUUAUAUUUCGUAAUUAUAUAUACCUUAAAUCUUAAUGUAUAUUUACAUAUACAUAUAUACAUAAGUAUAUAAAUAAAUUUAUGUAUCGCUUUAGACCUCGAAACCUCUAAACCGACUUUC